AUGGUCCACGACAGCCAGCUUUUCACUCUGACGCUGCUUCGCCGUAGACACGAUGUCAGGAUGAUGGACCUCGUGCCGAUGCAGCCUUCAUACAGCACCAAGGACCAGAUUGUCGCACCAUCCUACUCCUUCUCGCGCGCGGUGACCUUGGGCCCUCUCUACGAUGUCCAGCUCGUCGACUCACUGCUCAUGCUGCCCCUGGCUAGCGUACAGUCGCCCUCGACGCUGGAGCGGACAAAGGAAAUCAGGCUGAUGAACCCAGACGCAGUCGUGGCGCUCGAGAAGCAAAAGAUGACAUUCAAGCAGGAAUGGAGGUUCAAGUGGGAGCAAAACGAGUUCGCCUGCCGGAGGGACGGAAAGGAGUAUGAGAUUGUGGCGAUCCGCAAGCCCGACCCAGAAAUUGAGAUCGCGAGGUACCAUUCCCGGACAAAAUCCCGCCCUGCCUUCUUCCAGGUGUUUGACUACAACGUACAGAGGAUCGAAGUGGGCGACAAGAGGGGUCUGGAGAUUCUCGCCGUCAUGGCCUUCCUCGUCUCGCUCGACGUCGAGUACGACGAGAAGCACAAGGACCGAGAGAGCGGCAACAUCUACAUGGGUGCCCCCAUCAUGGUCCCCAGUGAGGGCGUGAACAACGAGGAUGGUUACUGGUCAGGUCCCUACAAGGCGGAAAGACUCGGUCAGACGUCAGGCACGGGUGCCAACCCAGCCGCACUCGCAGGCGCCAGCUCGGUUGGUUCGCCAAAGCAGAGCGCCGACGCUGCGCCACAACGACAGCCGCAGCAGAAUGCGCAAACGACGCAUACAGAGCCGUCGCGGGCUUAUCGGCCAGAAGCCAAUGAGAUCGUUGUGGACCUGCACACGCCCGUCGAGGUGCUUGCACAGCACGCCGUCAACCUUUUAAGAGUCGAUGUGGGCGGUCAGGGUUGCUACAUGAUCAUUCUGCGCGCUCUCACACCCCAGACGUCCUUUGUCGCUGUCCGAGUCGCGGCCGAGGUCAAGUCGAAAUGGAGCAAGCUGGCACCGACGGCCAAGGGCCGCACUCUGGAUCCCCAGCCAGGAUCGAGCGAAGUGGCCGAAGACCUGUACCAGUAUGUGCGCGAUCCCUCGAUCGACGGACAAAAGUCAACGCCAGCUGCUCCUGCAACCCCACCCCAGGCGAGCCAGAGACCAAAGAUCAUCAAGCUCAACGCGCCAGAGCCGGCAGCGAAUCCGUCCGACUAUGCCUCCUCCUCGUCAUCGGCGACGGCGGCAGAACCGUAUUCGGCGCCCAAAGAGCUUGCCAUCUUUCUCUCAAAGGAAAAGAUUGACGAAUUUGAGGCGAGUCAGAGGAGACCGGCGCAGGCAUUUUCGUCGACAUCGAGCCUGUCGCCGCCGCCAAAGGUUGCUUCGCCACCCGAUGGGCUUCCUGGGAAACCUCCCAAACACCCGCAGCCUGGUGCAGCCAGCCACCUCGGUCCAGCGUCCGACUACUCUCGACCGGGUUCUUCCCACCAGAAGUCCUCUUCAUCACAGCACCUGGCUGCCCGUGCGCAGAGCCACAGUCCCCAUUCUCAAGCGUCCGAGAGCGGCGACGCCCAGCCAAGCAUGGGGCGCAAACUCAUGGGCAAGCUCAAGCACAUUGGCUCAAAGAUACCGUCUGAAUAG